ACCAACGUGGCCGUUCUCUGUGUCACCGGAAGACUUACAGGAAGUGUCAGAGACCGUUCACCAGGCAUGGCUGUCCGUGUGUGCUCCGCGCUGCUCUUCUCCGUGCUGCUGCUGGCGGCUGCCGUGUCCCAAGGUAAAGGUGCACCUUUAAAUCCACCUGAUAAAAGCCUUGAUGACAAGACGCCUUUGAAGACUAAUGCAGGGAAUCCCCGGCCAGAGGACUCCCAAGCCAAGAGCCAGUCUGAAGCAGGAAAGUCCCAAGUUCAAGCAGUAAAGUCCCAAGCAGAUGGGAAACAUGACGAAAAAACACUGCCUAAAGCAGAGCAGAAUCAGGAGAAGGGACCAGGAAACGCCCAGGAGGAGGCACCACUUGUAGAGGGAAAGACCCAGGAGCAGGCGCAGCCUAAAGCGGGAGAGACCCAGGAGCAGGCGCAGCCUAAAGCGGGAGAGACCCAGGAGCAGGCGCAGCCUAAAGCGGGAGAGACCCAGGAGCAGGCGCAGCCUAAAGCGGGGGAGACCCAGGAGCAGGCGCAGCCUAAAGCGGGGGAGACCCAGGAGCAGGCGCAGCCUAAAGCGGGGGAGACCCAGGAGCAGGCGCAGCCUAAAGCGGGGGAGACCCAGGAGCAGGUGCAGCCUAAAGCGGGGGAGACCCAGGAGCAGGCGCAGCCUAAAGCGGGGGAGACCCAGGAGCAGGCGCAGCCUAAAGCGGGGGAGACCCAGGAGCAGGCGCAGCCUAAAGCGGGGGAGACCCAGGAGCAGGCGCAGCCUAAAGCGGGGGAGACCCAGGAGCAGGCGCAGCCUAAAGCGGGGGAGACCCAGGAGCUGGAGCAGCCUAAAGCGGGGGAGACCCAGGAGCUGGAGCAGCCUAAAGCGGGGGAGACCCAGGAGCAGCCUAAAGCGGGGGAGACCCAGGAGCAGGAGCAGCCUAAAGCGGGGGAGACCCAGGAGCAGGAGCAGCCUAAAGCGGGGGAGACCCAGGAGCAGGCGCAGCCUAAAGCGGGGGAGACCCAGGAGCAGGCGCAGCCUAAAGCGGGGGAGACCCAGGAGCAGGCGCAUCCUAAAGCGGGGGAGACCCAGGAGCAGGCGCAUCCUAAAGCGGGGGAGACCCAGGAGCAGGCGCAUCCUAAAGCGGGGGAGACCCAGGAGCAGGCGCAUCCUAAAGCGGGGGAGACCCAGGAGCAGGCGCAUCCUAAAGCGGGGGAGACCCAGGAGCAGGCGCAUCCUAAAGCGGGGGAGACCCAGGAGCAGGCGCAGCCUAAAGCGGGGGAGACCCAGGAGCAGGCGCAGCCUAAAGCGGGGGAGACCCAGGAGCAGGCGCAUCCUAAAGCGGGGGAGACCCAGGAGCAGGCGCAUCCUAAAGCGGGGGAGACCCAGGAGCAGGAGGAUAAUGAAGAAACACAGCCAGAGGACGAUGAUGAAAUAGAAGAUAAUGAAGAUAAUGGUGUACUUGACAUGAAUUUGGAGUCUGAUGUGAAUAACAACAUUCCAGAUCAACAAGAAAAAAGUCCAUCUGGAAAUCAAGAGAACAGUGUUUUCCAAGAGGAGUCUGAAAGCAGCCAUUUCUUUGCUUAUCUGGUUACCUCGGCUAUCCUUGUGGCUGCACUGUACAUUGCUUACCACAACAAACGCAAGAUCAUCGCUUUUGCUAUUGAAGGAAGACGCUCAAAAGGUGGCAGGCGGCCAAAUUCAGGGGAGUACCAGAGAUUGGAUCAUAAGAUUUGAUGUCUUCAGCGCCACCUGUCAGCUAGGAGGUUGCCAUGCAGAAUUGUCAGAUUUCUCUCCACUUUUAUGAAUGCCAGUGAAUUAGCACCCAGUGGCACCCUGGUCCUAUAGAUUACCCACCUGAACUUGCUGCCGUCUAUGGAAGUUCUCUCUGAUGCUGUAUUUGCACCUUCACAAAUGUCUCCUUAGAUCUGUCAUGGCGUCGACGGGAAUGUUUUUGCAAAAUCCGAGUAAAUAGUACUGUAUGAGAAGCGCUAAUGUUAUAACCGUUCAGUGGCACUAGAAAUAUAUUGUAAUGUAUGUGUGAGAAUGUGAGAGCAUCAAAUCACAAGCAAAUAGAAGGUCCUCUUCUGUCAAGUGCUUACAGAUGUCAUUGACUUGUGUCAUAUCCCUGUCUGUUUCCAGGAAAGCUGGGUGGCAGUUGACACGGCCACCAUUACAGCUCCCAUUUACAUAGCUGCUGGCCAACAUCUAUCACUUUUAACACCUCUGCCAUCAGCUAGUCUUCCUGAGAAGAAAAGGAUCGGGCAUGUUGAAAUCCAACUGCCUGAUCACCCUUCUUCAGAGAAGAGUCUGGAUGCCCACAUAUACAUUAGAUGGUUGCCUGGUUCAGCCGAAAUUGCCUGACACGCACUUCUAAUGUGUUUGGUAAGCUUUAGAUGUUGCCACUCUUAGCAGUGGUCAUCACCUAGCUUUCCCAGGCACAGAUAUGACCAAAAAAUGACCCUGUAUGACAGAAGAGAACAACUCAAGGAAUUUUGUUUGGUGAUUAUCUGAUCUUAGGAAAAAUGCUUUUUGUAAUAUACUGUAUGUUAUAGAGAAUUAUGCUAUAUGACGUAACUUUUUUUAGGAACCCCCCCCCCCCCUUAUUGUAUACAUUAAUUGUCAUUGAAUCCACCCACUUAGUUUUCAGGUGAGACAGCCCAGCACCUUAGGAUGUACCUGCCAGGGAGACAGGCCGCCCUGUUUAAAGGGUGAGCUGUAAGGUCUUGCGGGACAGCGGCAUAUGGCGUCGGCUCGGCAGCCCCAACCGAGCAACUCUUUUUGCCUUUCUCGUGGCAGGUGCACUUUAAAUAUGAAUAGCCCUUUUCAGGCGGUAGAACAUCCCCCUUUUUCAGGUGAAUUUUUUUUUAUCUGGGAGUUAUUUAAGGUCUUGUUCACAUCCGUGUCAUGGUUUAUGAACUUAUAUCAGGGUCUCUCCAGUACCAUCAAGAAAUCCAUUGUUUUGCCAGACUCGUAUAGCACUGCAUGCCAGAUGUGAACAGAGCCUUACCUUUAUCCUGCUCAGGGCAGAGCUUUCUCCUAUUACUCAUCUAUGGCUUUAUAUGGAGGGAUAGACAGAUUCACUUUGUAUAUUUGAUAUCUGCACAACUCGAGCUAUUACCGACCUAUGACCACCAUGAUGUUCCCUUGCUGAGCAUCAUGGGAAAUGUGGUUCAGUAAUCGCUCGACUCUUCGCUUUAGAGAGAGAAUUUAGAACUGUGUUUUGCAAAAGUAAAAAAAAAAAACCUGUGUUUUACAAAUGUAAAAAGUGAGAAUUCAAUAUAUAAUGUACCUGCUGGUUGUGUGGUAGAUAGGUGUCAUAAAAUGGUAACUUGCACUAAAAUAAAUAAUUUUGC